ACACUAGUGUAGUACUGCUAUCAUUGUAGGUUCUCGUUUGGGCCAGCUUUCUUUAACCAUGAAUAAAUGCAAAGCCGAUUAAAUGCGACGUCGUCUUGAAUCUCACUGAGAUAUGUUUAUCUGUUUAUCUGUCUCCCUGGCUUCUUUACUGCUUCAAUAAAUUCAUUUUUCUCGUGCGUUAUUUUCUUUAGCUUUCUCGGCAGCCAAACAGAGGGUAAUUGCUCUCUUCCGAGGGAGGCUUAUCGUCCUUUUAGAUAACUCUGUCAACUUCACGACUCUUUGUCUCCCAUUGUCGAUGAACAUUUUUGGGGAUUUUGUAUUAGUGAUAAUGUGGCUUUGUUCGUGAAUCUAGGGUUUGAGUUUCGUAUAAAAAGAGUUACUCGCAUUCCAAUCUCUUCUUUCAGAAAAUGUUUGGUUUUCGUCGUCGACGCGGGAAGCAUGGAAAAGUGAAAGUCCAACAACUACUACCGGACUCUGCUCAGGGGACACGAAGUCCCAUAAAAAACGGGAAGCGGAGCAGUAGCUCAGGUAGUGAAUGUGCUGCACCUGCAGCUAGCCUUUCCGAUGAACUCGAUUGCCAGUGUUCAUCUGCUGCGCCUGAGAUUCAUACUAGUACAUUGGGUAAAUCUGAGAAUUGGAUGGUGUUGUCAAUUGCUGGGGACAAACCUACUGCUAGAUUUAAUCAUGCAGCAGCUGUGAUUGGGAGCAAGAUGAUAGUGGUUGGAGGUGAAUCUGGGAAUGGAUUGUUGGAUGAUGUACAAGUGGUUAAUUUUGACAGAUUUUCCUGGGCAACCGCUUCAUCAAAGACUUACUUGUCACCAAGUAGUCUGCCUCGAAAGAUUCCGGCAUGCAAAGGCCAUAGUCUGGUUUCUUGGGGGAAAAAAGUUCUCCUGAUUGGAGGAAAAACUGACCCUAGCAGUGACAGAGUUUCAGUGUGGGCAUUUGACACUGAAACCGAGUGCUGGUCACUUAUGGAAGCAAAGGGUGACAUACCGGUUGCUCGCAGUGGUCACACUGUGGUUAGGGCAAGCUCUGUUUUAAUCCUAUUUGGGGGUGAAGAUGCUAAAAGGAGGAGACUAAAUGAUCUACAUAUGUUUGAUCUGAAGUCUUUGACAUGGCUCCCUCUUCAUUGCACAGGAACAGGACCAUCUCCAAGAUCCAACCAUGUGGCAGCUCUUUAUGAUGAUAGAACUCUUUUUAUAUUUGGAGGAGCAUCGAAGUCGAAGACUUUGAAUGACUUGUACUCUCUUGACUUUGAAACUAUGGUAUGGUCAAGAAUAAAGAUACGUGGUUUCCAUCCAUCACCAAGAUCUGGUUCUUGUGGGGUCCUAUGUGGAACUAAAUGGUACAUAUCAGGAGGUGGAAGCAGGAAAAAACGACAUGCAGAGACGUUGAUCUUUGAUAUAUUAAAAGUUCAGUGGUCUGUCGCUGUCACAUCACUGCCAUCUUCCAUCACUACCAACAAGGGUUUCAGCCUAGUGGUUGUACAGCACAAGGAAAAGGAUUUUCUUGUUGCCUUUGGGGGAUCCAAAAAGGAGCCAUCAAAUCAGGUUGAGGUACUGGUACUGGAAAAGAAUGAGUUAUCCAUGGGUCAAAGGUCUGCUCCCAGAAAAGAUGCAGGAACUUUGCUGUUUGAAAAACGCUCGUCAUCCACAGGAUUGGCUACUCAACUUAGUAACGAUUCUUCCCAGCAUUCUGUUGAUUCUGUUGUGAGACAAAAUCUAGCAUCUGCAAUUGAACAGCAUGGUUCAGGAAGAAAAUCUUUGUCGGAGUUCACAAUUAUUGAUCCAAAUCCUGUUUCUGGAAUUGUUUCACUUCGCAAGCAAUUUCACAAUGAGGAAGAAUUCAAUGCUGUUAAGAUGCCAAAGGGAUCAGAAGAUGACAAUUCUUCCUUACAGGGAACUGAACACACAAUGAAUCAAUCUGAUACGAGAAUUCAGAGUAACAUAACUGGAGGCAAACUCAGUGCGGAGGACACCCCUAUAUUUGAAUCCGAUAAUGCAAUUCCUCACAACCACGGAAUUGGAAAUAUUCCUGUUGAAAAUGAUUAUGUAGCAUUCCCAGAAAGUGAUAGCAAAUCUGGAGUCUUAUCAGCUCCUUCAAGUAUAUAUCAAUUUUAUGAAACGAAAAUGGCCGCCUUAAUAAGGAAGAAUGGAAUUCUGGAAGGACAGUUGGCAGCUGCAUUGGUGAGCCGAGAAGCUUCAGAGAGGAAUUUAUCCUCUGUUCUCAAGAGCAGACAGGAGAUAGAGAAAAAAUUUGCAGACACGUUGAAGGAGAUGGAGUUGCUAAAAGAGAAGCUGGCUGGUGUAGAGCUAGUACAAGAAGAGGCUAACAGCCUAUCAAAUAUAGUUCACUCUGACAAUGUAAGGCUUGAGCAUGAUGUGGCUUUCCUGAAGGCAGUUUUGGACGAUACUCAGAAGGAGCUGCACUCAACCAGGGGAGUCCUUGCAGGAGAAAGGGCAAGGGCCUUCCAACUACAGGUUGAAGUCUUUCAUCUCAAACAAAGAUUGCAGUCUAUGGAGAACCGAGCACCCACCCCUAGGAAACCUUUCCAGGUGUAGUAUGGCGAAUGGAGACAAAUAUGAAUAUGAUUGAGCUACGUACCCAUCACUGGUGAGUGGGAGGCUGUCUUUUGGUAGGUCAGGGGGGCUGUCAAUAUAUAUAAGGAUCAACGUUGUAACUGCUCAAGCCUCUAAAAGCCCACCUCAUUGGUCCAACUGGCUACAAGCGCGGCAAUAAAGCAUCUGUACAGUACAUAUUUGAAGUCACUGUUACUUCUGAACGUAUGGUUUAUUGUAAAAUUCUGUACCUUCUUUUUGUUUUAGUUAAAGAAACCCUUCCACUUUUCUGCUUA